AUUGACGUCGCUCUGACCAUUGGGGCAGAGGGGCAUGUUGUCACCUGGCAUGAGUCUUGUCAUGAGGAGCUUCUGAGCCACCUCAUGCCAGCCGCACCCCUGGAAAAGAUUUCUAGCCUUACAACAAGGAAAGACAAAUUCCAUCUUGACCACACCUUGCAGAUGAAGGAACUUGCCAGCUUCUGUGCCACCAUGACAGAUCUUGCAGACAAUGUUUCCUAUAUUCAGGCAUACUGCACUAAGAAGAACACCUCUUACCAAUUAAUACCAGGGGUGUUUUGCUAA